UUCAGUAAAAAAAAAUGUGCGUGGAAUGUUUGUUAAAAUAUUUACACAGAAAUUGGGCUACUGGGAUGCUGCAAAAACUCCGAAAAUGUGGUCUCAGAGGUGCCUUUUUAGGAAUUGACAGCUGUAUGUCAUUUGUAGGUUCGGCUGUACCAAUAAACUUGCUUUAGAACCCAGCAAAGAAAUAGCGUUAAGUUGGUGGUAGAUGGUCCAAAGCCACAGCGAAAACACCAAACUCCAGGCUCGAGAAUGUGCCCACUGUGGGGUGCCCGGUGCCAGCCAGGGGAGCAUCGUCCCACUGCACCCGGCUGGCUCGCCUUUGACCACGCGGCCGUCUGCUGCGCGGCGAGGUGAAGUUCACGGGCGGCCACCCUUCCCACCGGCUCCGGGGACGCCGAGGGCUCGCAGAGCCCUGGGCGGGCCGCACUGUUACUCUGUUUCAUUCCGCAACCCCGUUUUGUAGGUUGUUGACCAAGCAGUCAGAAAACACUGCCCCCUCUCUCCUUUUGAGCGAGGUCAGAGACGUGGUGGGUUUUUUUUUUUUUUUUCCUCCCCUUUCCCUCCCCUUUCUCCGAGUCGAGUUCUCAGGCAGCUGCGUACAAUGCUGGGAGCUAGCCAGCAGCAGAGACAGAUGGCAGAGUUAUUAGAUGUGCAUCAUACGAUUCCCUUCCUGCCACUCGCUUUUUAAUCAAAUUAAAACAAAAAAGAAAGAGAGGGAGAGAGAGAGAGGGGGAGUCAAUUAACUGCAUUUGUAUUCUGCUCAAUAAUGGACCCUGUUCCACUUUUACCCUAAGGCAGUUGAGUGGAAAUUUUAGAGAAGAAAAGGGUGCCUAGAACAAAAAAAAAAAAGAGAGAGAGAGGGAGAGAAAGAAAGAAAAAAAAAGGAAAGAAAAAGAAAAAAAAGAGAAAAGAAAGAAAAAGAAAGAAAAGGAAAAAAAAGUGAAGACUGCAGACAUUUGUAAGAAUCGGCAUUAUUCGAGGAACUAAUAAAAAGCCCUCGGAAAAGUUGAAUCGAUGUCGCCUGUGCAUUAGGAUUUAGAGCUCCAUCAGGGCCGGGCUGCCUUCCAGCUCCGCUGCGCAAAGUUGAGCGUCUGACAGCAGCGCCGCGGCCUCCCCCGCCCGCCAGGAAUGGUCUCUUCCUGCUUUGCAUAUUCACCACGCUUGGCCCGGCCAUAUGGGAAAAUGCAACUGAAGGAAUUGUUGUGAAAAAAGGGACAGCGAGUUUGAAAUAAAAGUUGUUAGAGUGGUACUGAGGAGAAAAAAGAAUCUGAGACCAUGUACUGCGCAUACACAAUUCCGGGCAUGGGCGGCAACUCUUUGAUGUACUACUAUAAUGGGAAAGCGGUCUACGCUCCAUCAGCAAGCACUGCCGACUACAAUAGGGACUCGCCAGGCUACCCUUCCUCAAAACCAGCAACCAGCACUUUCCCUAGCUCCUUCUUCAUGCAAGAUGGCCAUCACAGCAGUGACCCUUGGAGUUCCUCCAGUGGGAUGAAUCAGCCUGGCUACGGAGGAAUGUUGGGCAAUUCUUCUCAUAUUCCACAGUCUAGCAGCUACUGCAGCCUGCAUCCACACGAACGUUUGAGCUAUCCAUCACACUCCUCAGCAGACAUCAAUUCCAGUCUUCCACCGAUGUCCACUUUCCAUCGUAGUGGUACAAACCAUUACAGCACCUCUUCCUGUACGCCUCCUGCCAACGGGACAGACAGCAUAAUGGCAAACAGAGGAAGCGGGGCAGCAGGCAGCUCCCAGACUGGAGAUGCUCUGGGGAAAGCACUUGCUUCGAUCUAUUCUCCAGAUCACACUAACAACAGCUUUUCAUCAAACCCUUCAACUCCUGUCGGCUCUCCUCCCUCUCUCUCAGCAGGCACAGCUGUUUGGUCUAGAAAUGGAGGACAGGCCUCAUCGUCUCCUAAUUAUGAAGGACCUUUACACUCUUUGCAAAGCCGAAUUGAAGAUCGUUUAGAAAGACUGGAUGAUGCUAUUCAUGUUCUCCGGAAUCAUGCAGUGGGCCCAUCCACAGCUAUGCCUGGUGGUCAUGGGGACAUGCACGGAAUCAUCGGACCUUCUCAUAAUGGAGCCAUGGGUGGUCUGGGCUCAGGGUAUGGAACCGGCCUUCUUUCAGCCAACAGACAUUCGCUCAUGGUUGGGGCCCAUCGUGAAGAUGGCGUGGCCCUGAGAGGCAGCCAUUCUCUUCUGCCAAACCAGGUUCCCGUCCCACAGCUUCCUGUCCAGUCUGCAACUUCCCCUGACCUGAACCCGCCCCAGGACCCCUACAGAGGCAUGCCACCAGGACUACAGGGGCAGAGUGUCUCCUCCGGCAGCUCUGAGAUCAAAUCUGACGACGAGGGUGAUGAGAAUCUGCAAGACACGAAAUCUUCCGAGGACAAGAAAUUAGAUGACGACAAGAAGGAUAUCAAAUCAAUUACUAGGUCAAGAUCUAGCAAUAACGACGAUGAGGACCUGACACCAGAGCAGAAGGCGGAGCGUGAGAAGGAGCGGAGGAUGGCCAACAACGCCCGCGAGCGCCUGCGGGUCCGCGACAUCAACGAGGCUUUCAAGGAGCUCGGCCGCAUGGUGCAGCUCCACCUCAAGAGUGACAAGCCCCAGACCAAGCUCCUGAUCCUCCACCAGGCCGUGGCUGUCAUCCUCAGCCUGGAGCAGCAAGUCCGAGAAAGGAAUCUGAACCCGAAAGCCGCUUGUCUGAAAAGAAGGGAGGAAGAGAAGGUGUCCUCGGAGCCUCCCCCACUCUCCUUGGCCGGCCCACACCCUGGAAUGGGAGAUGCAUCAAAUCACAUGGGACAGAUGUAAAAGGGUCCAAGUUGCCACAUUGCUUCAUUAAAACAAGAGACCACUUCCUUAACAGCUGUAUUAUCUUAAACCCACAUAAACACUUCUCCUUAACCCCCUUUUUUGUAAUAUAAGACAAGUCUGAGUAGUUACGAAUCACAGACGCAAGAGGUUUCAGCAUUCCCAAUUAUCAAAAAACAGAAAAACAAA